AUGGCGAUGCGCUCUAAGCUCUUGGGGGAUCCACGACACAUCAUUGUUCAGCUUCAAGACGCGAACUUGACUAAAGUCACUGAGCUUGCUGCAGUGGCUUUGAACGAAGUCGAGAUGCAUGGCCAGUCAGCCUCCAUGGCCGUUCCUGCAAGCUUUAAUAACCUCUGCAUCAGGCUCCUGAUCCGGCGUGAUGUCAGAGGCAUGUUGUAUUGGCAGUGGCAGCCAUAUGGCACGAUGCAGUUGGUGUAA